GUCCUGGCAUAUCGAUCUCCUGUACGUACAUCCAGGCUGAGGCAGCUUCUGCGCACCAAGCAACGGCGAUGGACAACAGCGCGCCGCCGGUGAUCAUCGUUGGGGCGGGGCCGUCGGGGCUGGCUGCGUCGGCGUGCCUGGCUCGGCGCGGGGUGGAUAGCAUCGUCCUGGAGCGGGACGACUGCGUCGGCUCGCUGUGGCAGAAGCGCGCCUACGACCGCCUCCACCUGCACCUCCCCAAGCAGGCGAGCGCGCUCCCCCACCUGCCGCACGACGACGACGCGCCGGCCUACCUCCCCCGCGACCACUUCGUCCGCUACCUCGACGCCUAUGCCGACCGCUUCGCCGUGCGCGCGCGCCUCCGCCUCCGCCGCGAGGUCCGCUCGGCGCGCUUCGUGGACGGCCGGUGGGAGGUGGAGGCCGUCAACCUCGCCACCGGCGAUGCGGAGCAGUACACGGCGAGGUUCCUGGUGGUGGCCACGGGGGAGUUCGACGAGAAGGUGCUGCCCGAGGUGCCCGGGCUGGACACGUUCCAUGGCGAGGCCAUCCACGCCGGCGAGUACCGGUCCGGCGAGGGGAUGCGGGGAAAGGAAGUGCUCGUCGUCGGCUGCGGCAACUCUGGAAUGGAGAUCGCCCUGGACCUGGCCCAGGCCGGCGCCGCGGCCUCCAUCGUCGUCCGCGGCGAGCUCCACCUCAUGACGAGGGAGAUCAUGAACGCGUCCACGGCGCUGUUCGCCUACCUGCCCGUCUGGAUGAUCGACCGGCUGGCGUUGUUCGCGUGCCGCGUCGUGUUCGGCGAUACGGCCAGGCACGGCCUCCGGCGGCCUGACGUUGGGCCCUUCACCAGAAAGAUCCAGAGCAACGUCUACCCAGUCAUCGACGUCGGCACCUACGACAAGAUCAAGAGCGGCCAGAUCAAGGUGCUGCCGGCGAUCACGAGCAUCGAAGGGGACGUCGUGGAGUUCGCUGGCGGUGAGCGUCGCCGCUUCGACGCCAUCGUCUUCGCCACCGGGUACCGCAGCACGGCAAAAAAGUGGCUCAAGAGCGACGACGGCGGGCUGAUCGGUGACGACGGGAUGGCGUCCGGUAGAUCUCCCAAGGGGGAGAACGGGCUGUACCGUGCGGGGCUGGCGGGGAGAGGGAUCUACGGCAGCGGCACAGACGGGGAGUUCAUCGCGGAGGACAUCAGCAGGCUGCUCCGGCAGGGCUCUGGCGACGACGACGAUGGGGUCUAGAGCUAGGUAGAAGAAGCCAUCACACGACCGGGUCAGUGCAUGUGCAGCUGCCUCGCAUUGGUCAUGAGUCAGAGUGAUUACACGUACUACGGAUGAAUGCAUAUGAGAGAACGAGUGGUCAUGUUUCGAUUGUUUGUUGAUUGUAAAGGGCAUGUGUUGCGUGUGGCUAUCCGCACCUCGUCGUUUCAUACAUGGAUUAUCACACA